ACUUCGGUGAAACCCACGUGCGCGGGUAUGGUGCUGAUAAACCUUGAAACACAAUCGGGGCGAACCGGGAUUCGAACCCACGAAAAUUAAUGUUUCUGUCACAUGACAUUUAAUACUUACACAUCAGGGGGGUGAUGUUAAAUACUCUUCGAAACGACAUUAAACGUAACUAACUCACUCACUCUCAGUUAAGUUAGUCGGAGAGACAGGAGCGCAUCUAGGCUAAUUUUAAGUGUAAGCAAAACCAAUUUUACAACAGUGCAGAGUGUCGAAGCCCUCCCAGGGAUUAAAAAAUAGAUGCUUUUAAAAAAAAGAUCGGAUAAUUGUGAGAGCGCGGUUUGCUUACGUCACAAAGUACGUAUAAGUGUGAAACACUUACUUAAAAGGGCUCUUUGCUAGCAUGUGUGAAAUACUAGACUAAGUCUAUGAAACCUUAUAUUACACAACAUCCUUCUUGACACUAAAAAUAUUUAAAAAAACAUUUUUCCCUAUGCUGAUAGAGCUAGCUAGAGCUGGCUGCUUUUGUAUGCGUUUCUAGAUUGUGCUUAUUUUUCAUAAAAUAAAUAUAUUCCACAGUCAGGGUGCAGGACUAGUGAAAUAGAUCUACAAGAAAGUAUAGUCAUUUGAAAUUUUUAUAUAACUAUACCUACUAUAGUAUUUCUUCAAAUUAUUUCCAGAAGGUUUCGAGAUGAACUUAAAAUACAACAAAUGUUUUUUUGGUAUUUUUUUCAAUUCAACUUUGAAAUGAACACUGAACGCACAUUUGACCAUGAAAAAGGAAACAAUUGUCCUAUAAUCCACCCCUGAAUUUCAAUUUCUUGCUCAUUUUAGGAUAUUGCAGUUCAGAAUAUCAUAUUAAACAGACAAAAGUUACUAGUAGUCUACUAACAGGUUAUUAGAUUGUCAUAAAUACGCAUGGGGAUGUCAUGAUCAUCUAAAACAGCCUUUCUUUCUUCCUUGACCAUGUUGACGGUAUAUAUAUAUAUUAAAAACGUGCAUCGUGUCAACAAAGGGACACCACUCUCACAACGUGAUAAACCAUCUACCACUAAAAUCCUAAAGUGCGUAAGAUUCCAGUUUUCAAGUCAAUAAAUAUCAAGUUCGACCGUGGAGAGUUUAAAUUAGAUCUAAUAAUUUACUGCAUAGAUACUGCAAACAAAAGCUCACAAAUUGUGAAGAUGCUAAUAUCGACUAUAUUGUACAUCACGAAAGCGAAGGUGUUUAAACUUGUUCAAUCUCAUUAAAAUCAGAUUUUAGUUUUCGCUACCGCUAAACAAAGAUCUGAGGACAGAUAGCGCACAGGCCCCUGAAGCAGGAUAGUGAUAUAACUGAAACACUGGACCCAUAUAUAUAAAUAGACAAGGUACGUCACUCGCCAUCUUGGCCGAAGUUGAAAUCGGCUGUAUCGUUUAAAUUAAAUGGAAAUGUGUGCAUGUCAUGUUCACAAUACCUCCACACCUCCUUCCAAAUACGACCUGCAUGCCACAAACCUUUAUUUUUGGCAAUUUAUUACCUAUAUCGGGCGAUUUUAUCGACAUAUUGGCUCAGUCGCGGCUGUGGGUCACGGAAGUAUACAAAAAUCUCCGCGCUCUAUUUAUAUAUAUAUAUGGGUCCAGUGUUUCAUUUUUCACUAUCCUGCUUCAGGGGCCUGUGGGUGCGUCGGGAUUCUCGACUGCAGUAUGUCGUAAAUAUAUUCUGUAUUUAUCAAUGUUAAGAAAGCAUGCAAAGCUUAGCAUUAAACGUGAUGGGGGGUCAAAUCAUACAGAUCUAAUAAAAAUAAACAAGUACUUUAAUAAUGAAAUGUGGUAACAGAUAUUGUAUAGGUUUACGGCAGCAAACUUCCGGUUCAAGCAGACGACAUAAACAAGACUCCGUUUCAGACGGGUUGAUUAAGCAGAAUCCAAGUCAGCAAAGCAGCAGGACAUGAAAUGUUUACUAGCCAGAAUAGUGAUAACAUAUAUGAGAAAGACAACUUAAAGAAUGAAGCUCUACUAACCAUCAGGAUUCCUUAAACGUCAGACAAAAUGACAUGGGCUGACACACAGGCAUCAUGGGCAUUAAAUAUGACCAUGAGUUUUAUUUUAAUUCUUUACAGGAUUAGAAACUAACAGUUUUUGUCCACUAGUCCUUAUGAUGAUAACAUAUAGCAAAACCAUUAAAAUGGGCCAAUUUCUACUAGUCCUUAUGAUACCUUUACAAUUGGGCAGUUUGGUAAGGAUUACAGGACUAGUGCCAAUUUCUAAUGCUGCUUUAUGUAUAUUCAAUAAAUAACUACCAGCUUCUGACAGUUAUUUUAGUUUUAAACAUUAACCAUUAUUACCAAACUUCUGUUCAUAGUUAAUGCCCAUGAUAAAGGUAUCAAACACAUAAGACCCAUUCACCUGUAAAAAUUGAAAGGGUUUUGUCAUUUGUAUUAAUAUAAAUUUUGCCAUUUAUAAAAAAGGAUUAAUUUGCUAAUAUUGAAAAGAAAAUUUUAAGAAAAUUGUCCUUAGUAUACUUCUCAGAAGCCACAUGUCAAAAUGAGGAGACACAGUGUGUAAGAUCUAAUGGAUAAUGAAAAGUUAUUUUCAUUUGGUUAUCUACCUCAUCCUAAACAUCACCAUCCCCUCCCAAGUGGCCAUUGAGAGGUUGCAGAAAAAUCAAAUUUUACAUCUCAGUAACUACAGUACAAAUGUUGUAGUAUUUUUUACAAUAAAAGAAUGUUACAAAGAUACCGUACUGUCCUCCAUAAAACUGACCACAUCACACAGACAAUUAUUAUGGGAAACAUGAAACUAUAGUACAAAGCCACAUUUUUGACAUGGUAGUUGAAGAUUUCACUACAUAUGACUUUCAGCUCAGUGAGCUCACGAUGCACCUAGUAUAUCAUUUGCAUCAGAAUUAGACAUGGGCGCCAAUUGUUUCACACUUCAAUUCAAACACAUUGUGUAAGCUUUGUUUGAGUUGGUGAUGUUUUUGUUGCUGAUAAUUGCUUUUUUCCAAACAAUAGUAUCAUCUCUAUUUUGUCAAGGAAUGUAUGUUAAAGAUUUGGUCUGAAAGUUUAAGAAACUUAUUCCAUAAAUGAAAAUACUUGAUUGGUUGCAUGUGUUUUUGUAUCUUAUUACUUACAAAUUUCAGUUUUGGGAAGGGAAAAACAUGUUUUAUAAAAUUAUUUAUGACAGAUGGCAUUUUUCUGAAAAAUCAAUUUUGAUUAAUGAUUAUGUCUUGCACUAGCAAAUUUAUGUUAAUUUUGACCCCUGCAUAGAAUGUGACAAUUACUACAAAUAGCAGUUAUUCAUCCAGGAAGGAUAAGACAAAUCACACUAGAAACUGAUUUAUUUAGGGCCAUAUUGGGUUGUUUACCCUUCUAUUUAACAGUAUUAACACACAGAGCAGUGUAACAAAUGCAAUAUUGUCUGCACAUUUAUAAAAUACUCAUUGUUUGUGUUUAUGAAUUAGAGCAUGUGCUUGUCUCUUUAAUGCCUAGUAUAAGUUUGAGUAAGAAAUACAAUUAAUAAGCAUAAAUUUAUUAAUUAGAAUUGUGCACUACUUUGCUAACCACAAAGGCUCCGUUUACAGCGUUUAGGCAAAUGUUCGCUAAGAGUUAUGAUUAGUCUUUCAUGAUACCAAAAUGUCACUUGUCUAGACAAAGAAGUAAAUGGUUCCUAUUUUCUUUUUGUAGAAUUAGUCGUCAUGAACAACAAGGCAAAAGGAAGAGGGAAGAAAAGGAAAGCUCCAUCGAAAGAGCAAGAAAACCAGUGCUCCCAGGAGAAGGGUGUUACCAACAAUGAUGAAUUGAAACAGACUGAUUCACAGUCCAGGGUUGUGCCUUCAUUUACCAAGAGGAAGAAGGUAACUGAGCCUGCACCUGAACAGACAGAAUGCAACGACAAUGGGUCUCAUAAUAAGAGACAGGAAGAAAUUGAAGGAUGUGACACUUUAGCCUUUGAUAAAUCACCUCUUCACACAGAAAAAGAAACAGAAGCAGAAGUGUCACAUGGACAUCUGGAAACAAAACCAAGAACACAAGAAUCCACGUACACAGUCAAUACUGAAGUUUCCAUUAGCCCCAAGGAAGAACUGCCAGAACAGGAGGAUCAACACCCAGGCUGUGGCCUUACUCCUAAAACUUUGUUAAAUGAAACAGGUAGUGAUCCAGCUGGAUGUAUAACAAAUCCUCAGGUUGUGGAGGGUUCCCCAAACAAGACUGACAAAACGGCACAUGUAUUAGAAAAUAUAAUUUCUUUUGCUAAUGUGGCCAAGGUAGCUGCUGACACAACAAAGGUCAUGAAGCCCACUGGUGUAUCAUGUGGAAGUAUGCCUGUCAGUGUGGAGAGAUGGGGGCAUGUGAAGGAUGUAAUGCCAGUGCCAGCAUUAACUGAUGAAGCAGAGAAUGUUUCCUUGAUUCCUUCCAAAAAUAUACUGAAAAGUUUAGAGCAGUGCAUUGAAGAUGGUAAGUCAGCUGAAACAGACGGUGACAUUUUGAAGCCAAAUAUGGCGUCAGUAGAAAAGAUGGAGGAUAUUCAAGCUCAUGGAGAAAUGGAGGAGGCUGAUCAAGGUCAUACAGACCAAGGUUGUAUGUCUGAACAGGUAAUUUCUCUAAUAAAAGUGCAAGAUACGAAGCUGACAGAAACAAUGGGAGCAGACAUCAAUCAAAAUGAAGAGAACAGGAAGGGUAGAAAGUGUUUCUCGCUGACUACACAUGAAGAAAGCCCAAUUGAUCCAAUGCUUGAAUCAGGCUGUGCUGAAGAGUCGGAUAAGACAUCUGAUCCUUCAUCAAUGGACAAAAGCAUAACAAAAAAUAAAGAAGUGUACAAAGAUAAAUUGGUCGAUCAACAUACUGAGACCAAGAAGAAUUCAACGGAGAUACUGCAGGGCCAGUCAGGGGUAUCCAGUGAACAGGGUGAAGUUAGUGCAGAUGAGAUCAUUCCUCCUGAGAUGGAUAUUGGUAUUGCUGAGGAGAGAACUGCAGCAGUGAAGAACGAGGAAGCUGACAUACUUGCAGCACCAGGAAAGGAUGUAGAUGCGGACAUGGACUUCACAGACUCCCAACUGUGUGAGGCAGUCAGUCUGGAGGAAUCAGCAAAUCAACUGAUGGUGCUGCAAGAAGUUCAGAAGCAACGGAUGGAAGGAAGGAAGAUCAUCCAUGAUCUCAUUGUAGAUCUGUCAUAUCUGAACAAACUUGUACUGCGCACAAAACGAGAGAUUGAGACGGCCAGAAGAAAAAGACAACCUCAGUCAUGUGUACAGAAUAGAGUCACUGGACAAUCCUUUCAGGAACACCGGAAGUUUUGAUGCAGUUGUUUUACCACUACUUACGAUGUGUUAGGGGCAGUAGGAUAGCCUAGUGGUUAAAGCAUUUGCUCUUCACGCCGAGGACCCACGUUCGAUUCCACACAUGGGUAUAUUGUGUGAAGUCCGUUUCUGGUGUCCCCCGACGUGAUAUUACUGGAAUAUUGCAAAAAAAGGUGUAAAAGUCACUCACUCACUCAAGAUGUGUUAUGACACUAUUCUUUGCAUCAAAUCCACAUAUGCCAUGUUGCCUAUGUGAAACAUUUCCACAUUUGAAAUAUAUACAAAUAUACUUAUCUAUUGUUUUAUCAUACAGUGUAUUUUGAAAUACAGACUUGUUCAUUUUACAGGACCAUGUAUGUCACCAUUGGUCUAAAUGGCCUUUGGCUUGUGCUCACACAACCUGUUACAUAAUUCCAUUUUCUGAAAUUGACAUUUAUUUGUGUUGGUUAUUUUUACUAAACACCCUUGUUUGUCUCCAAAUGGAUUAUCAACAUCUCUAAAGUCACUGGACUAACAAGACUAACCUGUCCAGCAUGUUAUAAUAUGGCAACUAUGUUUGUCAUGUUGAAAAACCAGGUGAUGCCUUCAGUCAGCUAUUUCUGAAAACAUGAAAAAGAAAUGUAGUAUCUGAGUAGCUUGUAGUUGGAGAGUUCAAUAUAUUGUUCUUGUUUUGAAAUGUAUUGAAAACUCAUAUUUUUUAUAAAAAUGAAGUUACAUUUGGUAUGCUGUAGUGUGGAUCAGUAUAUUUGCAAUGUGUUUACUGCAUUUUGAAAUUAUGCUUUCAUUUCAUCACUAGAUAUUGCCGAAUUGUACUCAAAAUAGGUUUAAGCCUCAGCUCUGGGAUUUGGCUGAUCGUGUGGCAUUGUACUGGUCAUUGAUUGGUCCAGGUUAUUGUGAUAUCAGCUGGAAGAAUACGUAAAAUAUCAUUCACUCCAAGAGCUCUGAUUGGAUUGCAGGUAAACCAGUUUCUAAUGCUGGUAAUACAGAGAAUUGUGUGGUCAGGCUCAGUGACUUAACCUACAACUGUGUACUAUCGUGCCGAGUUGGCAUUGAUUGUUUGCCCUUGCUUUCAGUUGCAGAUUUGUCUGGUCCAGACAUAAAUACACACAGUCCACCCUGAUA